CACUGCACCCGCCAGUUUGUCGUUCUGACCAAACAUGAAGAAGAGGAUCGAUCCCCCUCUCUCUAAUUAGAAUAUUCCUCCUAUCGCCGGAUCUCUCUUUCUUGGGGGAAGCGCAAAAAUCAAUGGAGGAAGAUCUGAUACCAUCUCCGUACGAUCUUCUCUUUGAAGCUCUCUGGCUAAUCCCAAUUCGUCACUAUCUCUACGCUCUCUUCAUUAUCUGGACCGUCUUCUUCUACAAUUACGUGGAGUUCCAUUUCCUUGGUGAUGUGGCUCUUCAGUAUUUCAGAUGUCGAGUCAAUCUCAUCUACAACCCUGAUUCUCCUAUUUACCACGGUGUUGUCUCUCGCUGCCCGACUCUCCACGGCCGAUAUGUGGCGACGCCAUGGUUAGCGAGUCCUCAUCUUCAGACUUGUUUCCUUAAUUUCCAUGGAUUGCCUCCCGUUUUCACCUACACAAGAAAGCUCUUUCGUCCUUCUGAUGGUGGAACCAUUGCUUUGGAUUGGCUUACCAACUCUCAUGUUCUUGAUGAAAUCAGUAAAGAAGACACAACUCCCAUUGCUGUUGUUAUUCCAGGCCUAACUAGUGAUUCUUCUUCUGCAUAUCUUAAGCACCUUGCCUACAACACUGCAAAGUCCGGUUGGAAUGUUGUUAUUAGUAACCAUAGAGGAUUGGGUGGUGUUUCUGUUACUUCCGAUUGCUUCUAUAAUGCUGGAUGGACAGAGGAUGUACGGGUAGUUCUUCGUCAUCUUCAACACGAGUUCCCUAUGGCUCCUCUCUUUGCUAUUGGAACUAGCAUUGGAGCUAAUAUUCUGGUGAAAUACCUUGGGGAAGAGGGUGAGAAAACUCCUCUGAGGGGCGCUGUAGCUAUUUGCUCUCCAUGGGACCUCUUGAUUGGUGACAGGUUUAUCAGCCGAAAAUUCAAACAAAGGUUGUACGACAGAGCUCUAACCAUCGGACUUCAAGGUUAUGCCCAAUUACAUGAACCUCAAUAUACACGGCUUGCUAAUUGGGAAGGCAUAAAAAAGUCACGUUCCAUCCGAGAUUUUGACAAUCAUGCUACAUGUCACGUCGGGAAAUUUGAGACUGUGGAUACGUUUUACCGAAAAUCUAGUAGUACCCAAUACGUAGGAAAUGUGGCGGUGCCGCUACUCUGUAUCAGUGCUCUAGAUGAUCCCUUAUGCACAAAGGAAGCUAUUCCUUGGGAAGAAUGCCGGGCAAACAAAAACAUUGUCUUGGCGACAACAAAUCACGGAGGACAUCUAGCGUUUUUCGAAGGACUAACUGCAUCUAGCUUGUGGUGGGUUCGGGCCACUAACGAGUUUCUUGGCGCCCUUAGCUGCAGUCGUCAUAUGCAUAUACAGAAAAUUCAAGAGAGUGGAAGCUCAGGAUCAGGAAAGCUGGAGGAGCCUUCGAUAAACCAAGGCCCGUACCUUAACAUUGCAGAAGACGGGUUGGUGGCAGCAGUCAACUUGGAGGAAAACACCACACGGUCAAAAGAAGCAACACAAGUAUUGAACCAGAGAGGACCAAAGGUUAAAGAUAAGAGAAGCUUUAACGUGUUGUGCCGCCAGACAAAACGGUCCAUUUGGUUGCUUGGUUACAUAGGCAUGGUAACAGGUUUCCCUUUAGUUGGGAUGCUCAUGAACUACCUCUUUCGUAAGAAGCAACGACCCAUAACAGCCUCCAAAUCCUGAAGAUGCUUUAUUUUUUCCUCCCUCAGUAACUUCAUUAUAGAGAUCAAAGAUUAUAUAAAGACUAACUCUCUUUAUUAAAGCUUAAGAAACUUACUCAAAACUUAAGCUCAAACACAAAACCCUUAAGUUAUGCAACACUCUUGCAUAUCCUUAUAUACUCAUUGUAAAGUCCUAAAACACAAUAGAUAAGGAUGUUUAGAUAACUCCUAAACACAAAUGACUUUACUAUUUCCUAUUCUAUAACUCAGUAGGAAAUAUAUAACUUUAUCUCUAAGUUAUUUCAAGCUUAUCACAACAUUCUCCCCCUUAAGCUUGAAAUCCUUUUUGCCAAAUCAUGAACUCCAAUGAGACUUCGCAUUUCCGUGAACUUGAUCCUUCCCAAAGACUUAGUCAAAAUAUCAGCUUUUUGUUUAUCUCCUGAAACGUGCAUCACACUUACUUGACCCUUCUCUACACAUUCUCUUAUAAAAUGGUACCUUGCAUGUAUGUGUUUGCUUCUUCCAUGAAAGACUGGAUUCUUAGAGAGAGAGAUAGCUGACUGAUUGUCGAUUUUAAUGAUCACCUUCUCGCAUGGCUUCUCUGUGAUUUCACUCAACAACUCUUGCAGCCAAAUAGCUUGUUUAGCUGCUUCUGUCCCAGCCAUGAACUCUGCCUCGCAUGACGACAACGCGACCGUUUCCUGUUUUGAGGAACACCAAGUGAUCAAGUUUUCUCCUAAGUAAAAGAUAUGCCCUGUAGUACUCUUGCCGUCGUCGGAAUCAACAUUAUGACUGCUAUCAGAGUAUCCGACAAGUCUUGGUAUGUCUCGUGUUGCACGAGUAAACGUCAGACCGUACGAAGUUGUUCCUUGAAGGUACCUUAAGCAAUGCUUUAUCGCUAUACCAUGUGAUUCCUUUGGUUGAUGCAUAUAACGACUCAAUACUCCCACUGCAAACGACAUGUCUGGCCUAGUAUGUAGAAGAUACCUUAAGCAUCCAAUAGUUCUUCUAUAACUUGUGGCAUCAAUGCUUCUCUCGUCCUCUGCUUUUGAAAGCUUCAUCCCCGGUUCCAUCGGUAUAUGUGACAUGUUGCAGUCUUUCAUGCCACUAUCUUCAAGUAUCCUCAACGCGUACCGUCUUUGAUUUAGAGUAAUACCUCCUUCAUACUGUCUGACCUCAAUUCCUAGGUAGUAUGUUAGUAUACCUAGGUCACUCAUGUCAAAUUUUGACGCCAUUUCCUUUUUGAACUCUCCAAUUAUCUCCGCGUUUGCUCCUGUGACGAACAAGUCGUCUACAUACACCGCACUUACUAGCAGGCUGUUGUUCACAAACUUUCUGUACACCGUUGGCUCCUUGGAACAUUUUAUAAACUUCAUGUCGAGAAGUAUACUGUUGAGUUUUGUAUUCCAUGCUCUUGGAGCCUGUCGAAGUCCAUAUAACGCUUUAUGAAGUUUGUAGACUUUUCUUUCACUUCCUUUUACUUCAAACCCCUUUGGCUGCGUUACAUAUACUGUCUCGUUUAACUCUCCGUGCAAGAACGCAGUCUUAACGUCUAAAUGAUGAACCUCCCAUCCAUUCGUUGCAGCAAUACUAAUGAGUAGUCGUAUAGUUUCUAGUCUAGCAACUGGUGCGAAUACUUCCUCAUAGUCUAUACCUUGUUGUUGCACGUAUCCCUUAGCGACUAAGCGGGCCUUGUAUUUAUUGAUAGUACCAUCCGAGUUUCUCUUAAUCUUGAAGAUCCAUCUUAGACCUAUAGGUUUCACACCACUCGGAAGGUCCACUAAGCUCCAUACCUCGUUCUUUAUGAUUGAGUGUAUCUCUUCUUCACAAGCGUUGAUUCACUCUCUCAGCUCUGCUGCCUCUGCAAACGUUCUUGGUUCAUUGUUCAAACAUAACAGCACCAAUUCUCCUUCCUCCUCUGCAAGCAUAAUAUACUCUUCGUCUCCUUCCAGAACAUAAUCAUUAAGAUAGCUCGGCUUGUUGCUCUGUCUUUCACUUCUUCUAAGUGGUAACACUUCACUUUCUUCUUCCAUCUCUUGGGGUUCUACUACCGCUACGGCUUCUUUUCCAAUAUUUUCUUCAAUGCGCUUAACUCCUUUAUCUUCCUCCUCCUCGUCUUUCUGGAUACCAUGAUUACCAAAUUCUCCCAAUGCAACCAUAAACUCUUUCUCUGUUUCUGUUGUUGGUGAUUUCCAGUUCCAACUUUUAGACUCGUCGAAUAUAACAUCUCUACUCACCACGAUCUUCCUAGUUUCAGGGUCCAGCAUUCGAUAGGCUUUAGACCCUGGCUCAGUUCCCAGAUGAACCAGUGUACGAGAUCGAUCAUCCAGCUUCUUUAAAUGUCCCUUAUUUGUUCUUGUAUAGCCGAUGCAACCGAAGACUUUUAGGUGUGUUAUGUUCGGUUUCCUUCCUCUGUACACUUCAUAUGGUGUUUUGUUAUCAAGCGAACGUGUAGCUAUCCUGUUGAUAAGGUAUGUCGCGUGACGAACAGCCUCUCCCCAAAAAGAAUUCAGCAUGUGCAUAUGCUUUAGCAAGCUCCUCGUCAUCUCCAUCAAGGUCCUAUUUCUUCUCUCCACUACUCCGUUUUGCUGUGGGGUAUAUGGAGCAGUAAGGUGUCUUUUAAUUCCCGAUUCUUCACAAAAGGAAUUGAACUCUCGUGAUACAAAUUCACCACCUCUAUCUGUCCUGAAGGUGAUGAUUCUUUCUGCAGUUUCCAUCUCUAUUACUCCCUUUAACUUCUUGAACUUCUCGAAUGCAUCCCCUUCUCUUUCAAGUAAAAUGCUCCACAUAUAUCUAGAAUGAUCAUCUAUGAUCACAAAGACAUACUGACUUCCACCAAAAGUACUUGGUGUUAUUGGACCACACAAAUCGCCAUGUAGGAGUUCAAGUUUCUUUGUCGCUCUAUACAUAGUCGUCUGAGGAAAUGAUUUUCUUGUUUGCUUCCCACGCAAGCAGGAUGCACAGAUUUCUUUUGAAACUUCUAUACUCGGGACGCCAGUGACCAAUUCCUUUUGGAUCAUCGCCUUCAUUGUAGGAAGAUUGACAUGUCCCAAUCUUGCAUGCCAACGAAUAGACUCACUUAUCUCUGCAAGACACAACACCUUUGCUUCUUUAAGUCCCAUCCGGACUUUGUAUAACCGGUUCUUUCCUCUGUUUGCUUCAACUAGAAGUUUACCAUCUCUAUCAUGCAUUGUUAGUUGAUUUCCUCUCAUUCUCACAUCACACCCAGCCUCAGUCGCCUGUCCUAGACUAAUAAUGUUACUUCUCAAGUCGGGAAUGAAGUAGACAUCAUUCAUCUUUCUCGGCUCUCCCUUCAUGUCAAUGAAUGAUAUAGUACCCUUCCCUUUGAUAUCAAUUCUGGAGUCAUCUCCAAAUUUUACCUUUCCUGUGAUUAAUUCAUCAAGACUAGAGAAGUAUCUCUUAUCUCCGGUCAUGUGGUUGCUAGCCCCAUUAUCUAGAUACCAUAUGUCCUCUGCUUCCUUGUUUGUUUCAUACUUAUCUGGGACACAAUUCUUCUCGUUUAAAUACACCACCUCAUGCAUCAUUAGUUCAUCUGCGCCUUGUGUCUCGCUGCCAUCGUUUUCUUGUAUCUCUUGUAGUUUAAGUAAGCGGUCAGGACAGUCAGACGCAUAAUGUCCUAGUUUAUCACAGCGGUAGCACAUAAUUCGUGAAGUAUCACGAGGUUGGUAGUAAGACUCUCGAGGUUGAUAGUUUCUUCCUCUUCCGCGUCCUCUAUAGUUAAAUCGUCCUCUUCCUCUGUUCCUCGUAUCUCUGUUAUAUUCUCGGUUUGCUUGGCUCGUCUGCUGCUCGGAGUUUGAGUACAUUAAUUUACUCUGUUCUUCUUGCGAUUCCUCUUCGUCACGAACUCUCUCUUCAAAUGCUUUGAGUCUACCCAUGAUUUCUUCAAAAGUGGUGGUUUUGAGGUCCAGAAGUUGCUCUAGUGACCCUACAAGAAAGAUAUAUUUCUUUCUUGGAAGAGAAUCCAAAAACUUUCUCACUAGUUUUGUUUCCUCCAUAGUCACGCCUAGAGCAGCUGAUUUUGAGGCAAAUUCAGUCAACUUUCCACCAAACUCAUCAAUAGUGUCUGUUUCUUUCAUCCUUAGACGGUUAAACUCACUGUUCAAUGUAGCCAAACGAGCUUCUUUCACUCUAUCCGCACCAACAUAUCUAGCUUUGAUAGCUUCCCAUAUUUUCUUAGCAGACCUCAUCUCACCGAUUUGUAGUACAACAGCUUCUGGUAUUGAUUGAAACAAUAAGCCUUUUGCCAUCACGUUCUUCUUCCCUUCAUCUGUUUCUUCUUCUAUAACUUCCCAAACAUCAUGUACUUCAAGUGCUAUCUUCAUCUUUAUUGCCCAUACUGUAUAGUUUGUCGCAGUUAACAUAGGACACUUAAUAGAUGAUGUUCCACCUUCUUUGAGCUUCUCGCUCAUUGUAGCUAACUCGCCACUCAUCUUAGCCAACUCGCCACUCAUCUUUUUCCUCAAGCUCUGAUACCAAAUAUAGAGAUCAAAGAUUAUAUAAAGACUAACUCUCUUUAUUAAAGCUUAAGAAACUUACUCAAAACUUAAGCUCAAACACAAAACCCUUAAGUUAUGCAACACUCUUGCAUAUCAUUAUAUACUCAUUGUAAAAUCCUAAAACACAAUAGAUAAGGAUGUUUAGAUAACUCCUAAUUUAUUGAUAGUACCAUCCGAGUUUCUCUUAAUCUUGAAGAUCCAUCUUAGACCUAUAGGUUUCACACCACUCGGAAGGUCCACUAAGCUCCAUACCUCGUUCUUUAUGAUUGAGUGUAUCUCUUCUUCACAAGCGUUGAUCCACUCUCUCAGCUCUGCUGCCUCUGCAAAAUAUAGAGAUCAAAGAUUAUAUAAAGACUAACUCUCUUUAUUAAAGCUUAAAAAACUUACUCAAAACUUAAGCUCAAACACAAAACCCUUAAGUUAUGCAACACUCUUGCAUAUCCUUAUAUACUCAUUGUAAAGUCCUAAAACACAAUAGAUAAGAAUGUUUAGAUAACUCCUAAACACUAAUGACUUUACUAUUUCCUAUUCUAUAACUCAGUAGGAAAUAUAUAAUUUUAUCUCUAAGUUAUUUCAAACUUAUCACAACAUUCAUUCGCAGAUUCUUAAUUUAAUAACUGUCUUCUGAUUUGUUAGUUAUGCGUAUGUUAAUAACAUUAUCCUAUACACCUUUAAUCCUA